UAUUUUAAAAAAUACAUAACUUUUUGUUACCACCACUCUUCAUCAAAAGAUAUUCGUCUCUCUCUCUCUCUCUGUUGUGAGUACUGAAAUCAAUCAAUGGCAUCACGGGACAACAAGAAGGCAUCAACCAGUCGAACUGGCAGAAUCCGCACUCUCUCCGAUCUCAACCGACCAUCCGCUGAUUCCGACAGUGACUCCGAUGGUCCUCAGGAGUAUUACACCGGUGGCGAGAAAAGUGGCAUGCUUGUCCAGGACCCUUCAAAAGGAAAUGAUGUGGAUGCAAUUUUCAACCAAGCUAGGCAACUUGGAGCUGUAGAAAGGUCUCUCGAGCCUCAGGAACCUCCAAGGUCAACAAGCUUUACUGGAACUGCCCGGUUACUUUCUGGGGGAACUGUACAGACUGCUUCUAGCUCUCAGCAACCUGAGUCUGUUGUUCACAACAUUGUUUUUUGGAGUAAUGGAUUCACCGUAAAUGAUGGACCUUUGAGGAGAUUGGAUGAUCCUGCAAAUGCCUCAUUUUUGGAGAGCAUUAAAAAAUCUGAAUGCCCCAAAGAGCUUGAGCCUGCAGAUAAGAAGUCAGCUGUAAAUGUAAAUCUCAUAAGGAGGAAUGAGAACUAUCGUCAACAGGAACCCGAAAGGAGCCAAGUUUCAUUUCAGGGAGUGGGAAGAACACUUGGAAGCAGCUCCAAUUCGGCGGCACCUGAGCCAAAUGUCUCUUCGGGGAAGCCUCUGACCUCAGCUCCACCUCCUUCUGCUGGUCUCGUGGUUGAUCAGUCAUUGCCAUCAACCUCAAUACAACUCAGGUUAGCUGAUGGUACCCGCUUGAUAUCACAUUUCAAUCAUCACCACACAGUCGGCGACAUCCGUGCUUUCAUUGAUUCGUCUAGACCUGGGGCUGGGCAGAGUUAUCAACUUCAGUUGAUGGGGUUCCCUCCAAAGGUUCUAGCUGAUGAAACACAGACUAUAGAGCAAGCAGGAUUGGCAAAUUCAGUUGUCAUACAGAAAUUUUAGCAAAGCUUCUGCUUCAAUGUCCUUUUUCAUUACUUACUGAAUGCUGCAUAGAAACGAUGAACAAAAACAAAUAGGAAACCCAAUGUAUUGAGGGAAUAUCUUAUUUUUAUGACUAAAACUUUAUCAUGUACUCUAUAUGCUUUAGGAUCAGUUUGGUGGCUUAGCUUUGGAUUUAUUUAAUUCUGUGUUAUGAUAUGAUUGUGUCGUGUCUUCUUA